CUCAGCUUUUAUUAUUAGCACGUGCUGAGCAUGCCCAACUAUUUGUGGUCAUCCAGUUUGGAUUUCCAAACUUUCUUCGGGCGUUGCACUAGGCCUUUGGGCACAGUUGAAGGUUGAGUCUUGACAUGAUUGCCACGAACAGGUGCGGUCGUGAAAGUAAAAGCCGUUGCUGCCAGCUUAUCGGUGCGCUUCUUGGGACUUUGCUAUGGUGCUGCCUGGACUUGGGUCAGGCUCAGUUGCAGCCGCAACUGGAGCAGUCGAGUACCAAAAUUGACUGGAUCACAUUUCCCUGGUCGCGCAACAACAGAACGAACAAGCCAACCCAUCUGGGCGCGGGCUUGCAGCUAAAGGACGACUACGAUCCGGCGGAUGUCUCCGGUUUCAGCGGCUUCGAGCGUCACCCUUGCCGCCGCGUCUGUCAGCAGGGUCAGUCGCAGAGCUGCUAUUAUCAGCUGGUGGUGCACAACUAUCGCCGCCUGGGCGCCGAGUGUCAACGUUGUCAGUAUGAUGAGCGUGCCUGUGCCGCGGAGAAUUGCAUCUAUGGCGAUGGCGUCUCCUCGCCUGUUAUGGCCGUGAACCGCAUGGUGCCCGGCCCGGCUAUAGAGCUGUGCGAGAACGAUACCGUGGUUGUGGACGUGCUGAACUACCUGAAUGAGCCCAGUACGAUGCACUGGCACGGCAUACACAUGUCGCGCUCACCCGAAAUGGAUGGCGUUGCCCAUGUCACCCAGUAUCCGGUGGAGCCGGGCGAGGUGUAUCGCUAUGAGUUUCAGGCGGAUCGCAGCGGUACCCUCUGGUACCACAGCCACUUGGGCUGGCAGCGCGGCUUCGGCGUGGCGGGCAAUCUCAUUGUGCGACAGCCACAUCAGGCGAAUCCCCAUGCGCGUCUCUACGACUACGACCUGGUGGAGCACGCCAUCAUGGUGCAGGAUAUAUUCUACGACUACAACAUCCAGCAGGCGCGCAAUAUUCUCAUCAAUGGCAAGGGACGCAAUCAUCUGAGCCAGCUGCCGGAUCAGGAUGCCAGACACCGCUACGAACGUCUGCGUGUCACGCCCGGCUAUCGCUAUCGCAUGCGCAUUGUGCUCAAUGGAAUCUUCAAUUGUCCCGUGGAGUUCUCCAUUGAGCAGCACAAGCUGCUGAUCAUCAGCACCGAUGGCAACGACAUUGUCCCCGUGCUGGCCGAUGGCUUCUUUCUGACCUCAGCGGAACGCUUUGAUUUUGUGCUGGAGGCAAAUCAGUUUGCCAAAAACUAUUGGAUACGCGUCCGGGGCUACGAGCAGUGCGAGGAGCGUAAACUAUAUCAGGGCGCGGUGCUCAGCUAUCGCGGAGCGGCUCGCAGCGAGUUGCCCCUGGGUGACAUAAUGGAAGAUCAACGGGGCAGGGAGUUGGACGAACCUGCCACGUUUAUCAAUGAUUUUCGUUUCAAGCCCUUGAAUGCAUCGAUAUCAGCGCUACGCAAGUCGAAUAAGGACAAAGAUGUGGGCACUGUGUCCCUGCGCUCCGUAGAGCCGGUUCCUUGGCCAAGCUAUACCAAGUUUCUAACACAUUAUUCCAGUUUGAGCAUGCGGCAGGCACAGAAUGGUGAACAGCUCUUCCAGAUCGACGAGAUCAGCUACAUUUCGCCGGGCAUCUCAAUGCUGCAGGGUCGACAUCUGUACCAGGAUGAUGGCUACUUUUGUAAUCGCAGCUCUCUGGCCGCACAGGGACGCAAUUGUGCACGGGAAGUAUGCGAAUGUGUGCAUGUCAUACGCCUGCCCGCCUAUCGUCCCAUCGAAAUGGUUGUGGCCAACCACAUGGAUGCCACUCAUCCUAUACAUCUGCAUGGCUUCACCUUCCGCCUGGUCGGCCAGGGCGUGCUGGGCAGCUUAAGCGACCUGAGAAAUAUACGCGAGCUGGAUCGCCGUGGACGUCUGUCUCGUCUGUCCGAUGACUAUGCAGCCGUGGCUAAGGACACCGUACAGGUGCCUGGACUGGGUUACGUCAUUUUGCGCUUCAUCUCAGACAAUCCGGGUUUCUGGAGCUAUCACUGUCACAUCGAAUCACAUGCAGUCCAGGGCAUGGCGGCUGUACUCAAGAUCGGCGAGAACUAUCAAAUAAAAAGCAUUCCGGCUCGAGUGCGCUGUUAAAUUACAUACAUAGAUCUUAGG